AUGGUCCACCAAACGCGGGACAGAGACAUGUCUCCGGGCACCCUGCACACCGACGGGACGACAUCGGUUGCGCAAAACUACAGUCUCCCCUCCUAUGAACCUCGAAACAGCACUGCAAGUCGGGGCCAUCCGUCAGAGCGCGGGUCUUUUGAGCAGUCAUACGCGGUUAAUGGCGGCGGGAAUGGCAGCCUCAGGGAAGGUUUUGGUGGUAGCAACGGCAGCGCGAUAGGCGUUCCUUACAGCGCCAAUGGAUAUGAGCGGACGCAGAGCGCCAAGAGCCUGGCGAGUUUGAAGUCUCGUCGCAGUGCGACCAAUCUGGCGGGGGCAGCUGAGGGCGAGCGGCGGUCUGGCGAGGCCGUCAAAGAGAAUGUCGCGCAUCCGCGUGUCGCAGAGGAGGGAUACCUAAACGCGGCGGCGGCGGCGUUGAAUGGAAAUGGGAAGCCCAAUGUACCAUCCAGGUCGCCUCUGAGUCGACCUACAGCGUUGACAAACGGCGACAACGCGCCGCCAACGGCUGUGAAGAGCGGCAACCAUGCUCAGCCACCAUCAACACCCAUUUCAGUCCUACCACCCUUGGUGGAAAGCUCGCCACAGACCACACUUCCAGACGGCAUGCUCAGGCCUCCUCGGCAUGAAACAUAUCGCCAUCGCGCUUCGUCACCUCCAGCGUUCAAUUCGAGCGCCYCAUCGAGCCCUGCGGUCUCCCGGCCAGAUCGUCUUACCCACCGGCAUACUCUGGAAGUACCGAAGGUCGCACCCAUACGGACCUCGCGAGAUGGCAGCGAACCCACCACUAGCAUGGACGGUGCCGUGGUAUCGGCCAGCGGGCGCUUCUCCCCCAACACGCCAAGUCGUCGGAGAGCGUCGUUGAACCUUCACCGAAGACAGACGAGGUCGAUCCAUUCUGAGUUGCACAUGGACGAAGUGCCGCAGGAUGAAGAAGCCGCUAGGUGGGCAGAGCACAUCAAACAGAAACGAGCGAAGAAGCAACGGCAGGAUAYCGAUGAUGAGAGAGUAGUGGUUGGCACGAAAGUGGACGACACUCACGUCAACUACGUAACGGCCUAUAACAUGCUCACUGGAAUUCGUUUCGUUGUGUCGAGGAACAAUGCCAAACUGGACCGAGACCUGACUGACGCCGAUUUCGCGAUGAAGCAAAAGUUCAGUUUUGAUAUCACCGGGAAUGAACUAACGCCCAGCACGAAGUACGAUUUCAAGUUCAAGGACUAUGCUCCGUGGGUCUUCCGCCAUCUGCGCUCCAACUUCCAGAUCGACCCGGCGGGAUAUCUCAUGUCCCUCACAUCGAAAUACAUCCUUUCAGAGCUGGGCUCGCCUGGCAAGAGCGGUUCAUUCUUCUACUUCUCACGAGACUACAAGUACAUCAUCAAAACGAUACACCACGCCGAGCACAAGUUUCUGAGGAAGAUCUUGAAGGAUUACUAUCUUCAUGUCACCGAGAACCCGAAUACUCUGCUGUCGCAGUUCUACGGUCUCCAUAGAGUGAAGCUGCCUUUCGGAAGGAAGAUUCACUUCGUUGUGAUGAACAACCUGUUUCCUCCUCACCGGGAUAUCCACCGCACAUUCGAUCUCAAGGGCAGCACGAUCGGUCGCGAUUUUAAAGAAGAGGAUCUCGAGAAGAACCCGCGAGCAACUCUGAAAGACUUGAAUUGGCUCCGUCGCAACCUACAUUUGGAAUUUGGCCCGACCAAAAAGGAGGCUUUUGUGUUGCAGAUGCAAAAGGAUGUUGCGCUGCUGCAAAAGCUGAAGAUUAUGGACUACUCGCUUCUUGUCGGCAUCCACGAUCUCGAGCGAGGAAACGAGGAGAAUCUGCGUGACAAGACACUGCAAGUCUUCCAACCGGAUGGCGAUAAGCACGACGAGCAAGGUCCAGCAGGACCCCACAACUUACAGCGGUCGCCCAGCAAGAUGGAGAACGCGAAGCGAGCAAAAGAGCUGAGAGAAAUGGUCAAGCGACAGCGUCCGGUGCCAAUGGAUCAGACUCUCAACAAGAUGCCAGACGAAGCACACAAAAGCUCGUUUUACUUUUACGCCGACGAUGGAGGAUUCCGAGCCACACACGAGGAUGACGUUCCCGGCGAGGAAAUUUACUACCUUGGUAUUAUCGAUUGUUUGACGAGGUACAACUAUGUCAAGAGGGCAGAGCAUUUCUGGAAGGGCAUGGGUGGUCAUGAGUCCCAGAUCUCGCCGAUUCCGCCCGUCCGGUAUGGCGACCGUUUUGUCAAGUUCAUUUCUGGUAUCACCAUGUCACGGGAAGCCGCUGAGAAAGAUCGACGCUCGGCUGCCUCCGAUGCGAAUGUCGUGAUCUUACCAGGCGGUCGCGAGGCCAUAAUCGAGGACCCCAACUUGGGAGGUAUCAACGUAUUCCACGAGAAGCAAUCCAACCCAGCCGGUACCGAGGCAGUCAUGGAAGAGGCAUCUCACGUUGCUCUGAAGUCCAUGCAACACGGUGCAUCCGAGGACAAUGUUCCUGAUCGACAAAUCACCACGGUCAGAAGUCCUGGCGGUACUGAGACUGAUGUUUCCCAAUUACUGCCCGUGAUUGGCGAGGUCGGUGAGAGCACCAGCAAUGCGAGCCGCACACCUUCUCGUGUCACCCUUUCAAACAGCCAGGAAAMCAUGACUGACCGCGAGCGUUUGGUCCUCCUAGGAAACGCAAACAUGCCUGCGGAAGCUGUUGGAGAGGUGCCGCCUCCGACUCCACCAAAGUUGGACGGCAGCAUCGAUACUCGUGCUGCGAACGAGAGACUUAGCUGGGGCGGCAAACCUCCGCCUACUCCUCCCAAGGACGAUUCCCGGAGCAGCGACGAGUUGAGGAUGAGUAGAGGUCCUUCUCUUGACAAGGCUUUGCCGCUGCCGCCUGCCACCCAUCAGCUUUCUAUAAGUCCAACGAGAAUUGGAGAUGACGAAGGUGAUGGAUGGGGUGGUUUGAUGACGAGGUAG